AUGUUAAUGAUUAUAUUUGGUUUACUAACAGUGAAAAAUUUACAAACACUACGACAUCGUAUUGUACCUUUACAACAGCAUCAACAGCGACCAACUUUCAAACAGCAUAUGGAUGAGCAAUUAACGUCGAUGUUAUUAUUACAAAUUCUUAUAUGCAUUCUAUCAUCUGUACCCUCUGCGAUUCAGAGAUUGUAUGCAAAUAUAACAUCUACAGUACUGAAAGAGUCUCUCAGACAAGCAUGGGAAAAUUUAGCAUCACAAAUUGUACGUUUAUUAUUCCAUUUAAAUUAUUCAUCUAGUUUCUAUGUUUAUUAUGUCUCAUCAUCUAUAUUUAGAAAAAAAAUCAAACGAUUAAUCUUGUACAAGAGAUUAAUCGAUAGAAUAUCAAAUACUGAUGGGCGCAUACAUCAACAGCAGCAUUCAAUAGCACCCACCAUUAAUGCAAAUACAAACCAACAACAACCACAAGCAUUUACUAAUUAAACAUAAACAAGAAAAAAUUGAAUUUCAGGAACACUUAAACUACGCGAAAUAUUGUAAGGUGAAAAAGUUCCCAUCUUCGAUGUUUUCUUAGUUUAUAUCUUUUUUUUAUGCAUUCUUGCAUAGACUAUGAAUAUCUCUAAUAAACAUAUCAUCGCCUUACGUCAUCUUGACAUAACACAGUGCACACAGACAAUGUGACAUUCUCUUCGAGAAUGAUAUGAUCUUACAAGAUCCUUCGUCCUGUGUAGGCAAGAAGGAAAAAGUGGAAAGAAUCGCAUAAUGUGUUCUCUACUAUCAUUUGCCACCUUUACGUGUGUUCUUUUUAUCGGAAAAAGGGAAAGAGUAUUACAAUCUUUUAGGUUCAUUUCUUACGAUUGGCACAAACCGUUUGAUUUAUCUUGAUCCCAGAAGAUUCUACAAGGAUAAACUAACUGCACACAGACAUAUGACAUUCUCUGCACUCAACAAACCAACGGGAUUAGUGUCAUACCUUUUUCGUUGUACAAAUCAAAUUAAUCCCUAAUUUUUAAAAUUUUCAAAAUCAUUUUUCAUUUUACUGAACAUUAACUUUAUUGUUCCAUAGAAGGUUAACAAUGAACACAAUUUAGUAAAAUUCAUUUACAUUUACAUUUAAAAUGUGAAAAGAGAUUUUGUAGAAUUGACUAGAGUUAUCAUUCAUACACAGUUUUAAAACUCCUAACAAUAUCCACUCUCAUACUUUGUAAUUGCCUAUACAUAUUUCUUACAGGAUACAGUCAUAGUCAUGGGUUUUGAAUGAAAUAUUUAUACAUGAAUAAAUGUAAAAAUUUAUUAUUUCUUUUGAAGUACGCAUAUUGCCGU